AUGGUUAAAGCAUCUCUAAUCUCCCCUCCUCAACCUCUAUCCUUAGAAAAUGGGAAUUUCAUCAAGAAUGGAUCAUGCAUGGCCCCUCAGGAAUGCCAAGAAGGUGUCUACGCCCUGACCUAUGCCGCCAACUUGAGUCUCAGCACAGCCUGUUGUGACCACGACUGCAGCAAGUUUGCACAACCAGAGGAAGAGCCCAAAGCCCAGCCCAAUGGGGUGAAAUGUCAUUACUGUUCUGGGGAUAAGUCGGCUCCGUGUGACUCCCUUUCGGUUAUGAACUGCACUGGCUACCAGACUGCAUGUGUCACCCUCAAAGGGACCUGGAAUAAAGGGGGCCCCACAAUUCUGAAGGGCUGUGCUACACCAGAGUUAUGCAGACUGCCUGUGAACACCACCCUGGGCCCGGAAGAAUAUGGUUUUCAUCUCACAACCCAACCUGAAUGCGACUACAAGGCUCCUCCCACCCAACCAGGUCCCCAUGCAACUCCGACCCACACCAACGUUAAAGUCACCACCUGUUUCACCUGCUCAGACAGCCACCAUUGCAACGCUUUCUCCUGCCCGCCAGAUAGGAACUACUGCCUCCAAAUGGCAGGCAUCCUGGGCUUAGGGGAAGGUGACUCUGUUUCCUGGAGAAAUGGUUCCUGCGUGGCUUCCAAGGACUGCAAAUUUGACAACUCCAUCUCUGCCCUGACCUACAGAAUAGGUUUUGGCUUCUGGGUCAACACCACCUGUUGUCAAGGCGACUGCCAGGAGCCCACUCCUCUCGCAACUCUGCCGGCCUCACAUACCCUGAGCAAGUUCCUGUGUCCUACUUGUGCUGACAGCUACCCAGGGCUCUGCAAUUCCUCCUUGUACAUGCAGUGUCCCAGUGACGAGACUGAAUGUGUCCAGCUGGACCUGGUGUCUGAAAAAGGCGGCCGGAACCUGACCGUGCGCGGCUGCGGAUCUCGCGACCUGUGCGGCGACCCGGCGGGGACAACGGGGCUCUGGGCGCUCCCCGGCCACCGGCUGGCCGGCCCGCCCGACUGCAGCUCCAGCCAACGCGCCGUCAUCGACUCCAAGUGCCACUCGGGAGCGGCGCCUGGCCUCCGCCUCGCCCUGCCGGUGCUGGUGGCCCAGCUGGCGGCCACGGCACUCUCCUGA